AUGUUCUGCGUAGGAGCGACGAGGGGAAGUCUGUACUACUACUCACCCUGGCAGUCGACUGCGCCACAGCAAGGGGUUCUGAUCUUCACCUGUGAAAACACCGAAACAGCUGAAUGGCUUAAAGGAAAGCAAGACUCCCUCAAGCCUUGGGAAGGGACCAGUCUGAAGAUUGUACCAGAGGAAGAAAUCCCUCGUGCGAGAAUUGCGACUGUCUAUCUUCCUGAUAGUAUACACGAAACCACCGACAAGAUAAUGAAGUUCCUAAAAGGACAAAAUAAAGAGCUAUCUGUCGGAGAAUGGAAUAUUCUGCGUAGGAGCGACGAGGGGAAGUCUGUACUACUCACCCUGGCAGUCGACUGCGCCACAGCAAACAAACUUGAGAAGGAGGGUCCAUGGAUCGGCUACAAGUUUGGAAAAGUUCAGCUUAGACUGAAAAAUAAACACCAAGGAAACACAGAAAAACCCACAAGGGAAGAGGAGACUUCAGAGAAAUCUGAGACGAAGGUGGUUGUGAUCAAGACAGUCAAAGGCUUUGCUGUAAUCGAGAAGUACAGUAGUGGCAGUCUUGCCUUCCUCAAGAUGAUCCAGAAGGAACUCCAUUAA